AUGGCGGACGCCGAGCUCGCGUCCCGCUUCUCCCCGAACGCGCCGCUGGAGCCCGACGUGCUGGCCGAGCUGCAGUCCAUGAUGCGCCUGCACGGCCUCUCGCCCGAGGACCUCUUCUUCAAGUGGGAGUCGUACUGCAUCAGGAUGGAGCUCGACGCACAGGUAUUGUCGCUCUCGGCGAUCCGCAACCUCAAGCAGAACAUCCAGGACGCGCUGGAGAAGAGCCAGCGCCAGGCGGCGCACGUCAAGAGCGAGAGGAAGGCGACGGCCACGCCGAGGCCUGCGACCGACGUGCUCGGCAUGCUCGAUGGCCUGAUCCCCAGCACACCGGCGUCGGCGGCGGCGGGCAGGAUUGCGAGGGGGGCUGGGAGCGGCAGCGGGAGCGCGGCUCGGAGGAAGAUGGAGACGCCCGGCGUGGCGAGCUCGCCCGCCGCCAACAUGAAGGAUCAGCUACGGGCCAUGGGUGGCGCGCCGCCCAAUUCCUUCAAUGAGAGGACGAACCCGGGCGAAGUCAUCGAGAUCCUCAACGACCACCUCGGUCCCGCCGAGACCCCCGUCGCGCCCUUCGCCGAGCCGCGGAUCAAGCUCACGGCCGCCUCGGACCAGAAGAAGACGGGGUACAAGCCGCUGGCCAUGAAGCUGACCGAGGCGAGCGAGAUCCUCGACGACCGAAUCGACGACUUUGCCGCCCUCGUCCAGGCGCACCACGGCCUCGACGACUCGGCCUUUGACAGCGCGGCCAGCCAGAGCACUUCCCAGAUUGUCGCCGUCGGCCGCAUCGCCUCCGACUCGGCCGAGGGCAAGCUCAACGCGGCGUCGCUCGUGCUCGAGACGUCGCGCCGCACGGGCAUGGGGUUCCGGGUGCCGCUCAAGAUGGACGCGCUUCCCAGCUGGAGCUUCUUCCCGGGGCAGAUUGUCGCGCUCCGGGGCAGCAAUGCCCAGGGCAGCGAGUUUGUCGUCGCCGAGGUCCUGGAGGUCCCCUUGCUGCCCAGCGCCGCGUCGAGCUUGUCGGCGCUCGAGCCCAACAGCGAGAGGCUCCGGGGCGGCCCGGAUGCCAUGGAGUCGGACGCGGAGCCUGCCCCCUUGAACAUCAUGUUUGCGUCCGGGCCGUACACUGCCGACGACAACCUUGAUUACGAGCCGCUGCAUGCGCUAUGCAGCCGGGCGGCCGACACCCACGCCGACGCCCUCGUCCUCGCCGGCCCCUUUAUCGACAUGGACCACCCCCUCAUCGCAACGGGCGACUUUGAUCUCCCCGAGGACGCCAGCUACGACCCCGACACCGCCACCCUGACGACCGUCUUCAAGUUCAUGUUCGCGCCCGCCCUCAACCGCCUCUGCGCCUCCAACCCGCACCUCGUCGUCGUCCUCGUGCCCUCGGUCCGGGACGUGCUCGACAAGCACGUCUCGUGGCCGCAGGACACCAUCCCGCGCAAGGAGCUGGGCGUGUCCAAGUCGGUGCGCGUCGUCUCCAACCCCAUGACGCUAUCCAUGAACGAGAUGGUGCUCGGCGUGUCGAGCCAGGACGUGCUGUACCAGCUGCGCAGCGAGGAGCUGGCCACGGGCGCCGCGCCGGGGGACCUGAUGGGCAGGCUGUGCCGCUACCUGGUGGAGCAGAGGCACUACUUUCCGCUCUUUCCGCCGACGGAUCGCGCGAGGCUGCCCCGGACGGGCACGGCCGACGGCGUCGCCACGGGUGCCGUGCUCGAUCUAAGCUACCUCAAGCUGGGAGAGAUGGUCAAUGUUCGGCCUGACGUCAUGCUGGUCCCCAGUGCGCUGCCGCCGUUUGUCAAGGUCAUCGAGAGCGUCCUCGCCAUCAACCCGGGAUACCUCUCGAAACGCAAGGGGGCCGGCACGUACGCUCGCAUGGCGCUCUAUCCACACAAAGCUCAAGGCGAGGCGGUAGACGGCAUGGUCAGCCACAAGAUAUACGACAGAGCCCGGGUGGAGAUUGUAAGAAUAUGA